AAUUCACGUGCAAAUAAAGAAGGGAAAAAAAUAAAGGCAACAAAUUUUAAUAGUUGAAAUUAUCAUUUACGGAACAAGUCAUUAUAUACAUAUAUACCAACUGUGAUAUAUAGUGAUAGUAUAUAGUGUGAUUGUGUUUUAUUGCUCGGUGUAAAAAGAUUCUUUACAUGUAUAUAGUAUAAGGAAACAGUAAAAUCUGGAUGAGUGAAAUAAGUUUGCUGCCGUGGAAAGCUUGUGCGUUUCCCAGGAAACUUUAUAAAAUACAUACGAAAGUUACACGGAGUACUUAAGUUGCAGAUGUAUAUUUUUGGAAAACUGUCCUGAUCCCACCUGCGACAUGUUCAAUCGGAAUUGGAACAGGUCGGCUAGCUGACAAACAAGACCGCGGAUUUUUGUUUUCUUUAAAUAAAGAUUUCGUCAUUCGACGGCCUUGAUAAUGACGUCAGAGACGUCAUCAGCAGCUGAUAGUCCGGCCUUGCUACAUCGGCCAUUAUUGACAACGUCUUCUGACAGCCGAUUAAAACACGGUAAAGGAUCUACGGAAAAGAAUCACGCACGUUUUUCACCACCUAGCGUGAGAUUUCAUAGUCUUGAUAUGGACCAGAAAACACUUCGGAGCGGAGGCGCAGGUGGACGUCUGGCAGCUCCGCGGAUGUCACUUUUGGGACGCCCGGUCAAUUAUCGGGCGACUCGUCGCGAUGCCCGCUAUCGUCGACUCCAAGCCCGUGUUUAUAAUUUUCUCGAACGACCCCGUGGCAUUUAUGCUGUGACUUACCACAUGAUAGUAUUUUGUAUGGUCUUUACUUGUCUGGUCCUUUCCGUGUUCAGCACGAUAGACGAAUACCAAGACGAGGCUGGCGUUCUACUUUUUUACAUGGAAAUGGUAGUUGUCGUCUGGUUUGCUGUCGAAUUUAUCUUUAGAUUAUGGUCCUCAGGAUGUCGAUCGAGGUACCAAACGGCCAUUGGCCGAUUAAAAUUUCUCCGAAGACCUUUUUGUAUCAUCGAUGUAAUAACAAUUCUCGCAAGUGUUGUUGUCCUCGCUAUGAGAAGCAGCGGUGUAUUUGCGGCGAGCGCAUUACGGGGACUUCGUUUUUUCCAAAUUUUACGAAUGGUCCGAAUGGAUCGUCGCGGAGGGACAUGGAAACUUCUCGGAAGUGUCGUUUAUGCCCAUCGUCAGGAACUCAUCACAACUUUAUAUAUUGGUUUUCUCGGUUUAAUAUUUGCCAGUUUUUUGGUUUUCCUCGCCGAAAAGGAUGACGUACAUUUUGAUAAUUUUGCCAAAGCACUUUGGUGGGGAGUGAUCACGUUAUGUACUGUAGGAUACGGUGAUGCUGUUCCAAAAACUUGGCAGGGAAAAAUCAUCGCAUCCUUUUGUGCCCUACUCGGAAUAUCUUUCUUUGCCUUACCAGCUGGCAUCUUGGGAUCCGGCUUUGCUCUAAAAGUCCAGCAGCAACAGAGGCAAAAGCACAUGAUUCGCAGAAGGCAACCGGCUGCGAGUCUCAUUCAAGCGCUUUGGCGAUGUUAUGCCGCUGAUGAACAAAGUGCCAGUGUUGCCACUUGGAAAAUUCAUCAAAUUCCACUUCCUAGCCCUCCAGGAAGUCGAGUUUCUUCUAGUUUUAAGCAAAACGCAUCAUUCGUCAGUCGUCUUCCAACCAUUCGAAGGCACAAGAGUACAUCAUUACACAGUCCCAAUUUAUACAAAUCAGUUCAUCCGAGUUACACGAAUAGAGGAAAUGUUACGAGGGGAUUCACCGAUUUUAUAUCAUCAGCUGAAAACUUAGGUGGUCCAACUAAUAUGAACAAUAAUAAUGGUCACAAUAACAACGAAACUGGGUCUGGAAUAAAUGCAAGUUACUCGGAAGAUUCAGUGACAGAAACGGCCUUACUGAAGAAGAAUUCUGACGGCUUUCUUGGGGCUGUUUCCUGCGAAGCAGUAAAGUGCCGGAUUGGAAGAUCGUCAUCUACACUUGAACUUCGUGAGCUGCGCAUCGACGGACUGAUCGGUCGUCUAGGGGAAACUUCCACCCUGCCACUAGCACUUGCUGGUCUAGUGUCCCCGCUUCCCCCUCUACCGGAACUACUAGGGUCGCCGACCUCCCCGAAUACAUCUCCGACUUCCGAAAAGAAUGAAGACGACGAACCUCGACGGUGUGUUCAAUUGACAAAUCAACAUAAAGGUGCUAUUAGGGCUAUUCGAAAGCUGAGAUACUUUGUGGCACGGAAGAAAUUCAGGGAAGCCUUAAAGCCCUAUGAUGUAAAGGAUGUGAUCGAACAAUACAGCUCGGGACAUGCGGAUCUCCUGAAUCGCGUACGAAACCUUCAGUUCAGGUUAGAUCAAAUUUUGGGUAAACAAGGUUCUAAAGCCAAAGAUGUCUAUGCUUCGAAAACGAGUUUAGCGUCACGAGUUGUCACUAUCGAGAGACAGGUCGAUGACAUCGAGGCCAAACUUGAUCAGUUGUUAGAGCUCUAUAUGGAGGAUAGAAAACGACUUUUGGCACUACCGAUACCUGAACCCGAAUAUCAAUCCGUUAAUGUACAGGAGCCACCGAGCAUGUCGACUGUACUAAAGCCGAUUUUAGUAGAUAAACAAUUAUCCGAGCCGAGUUCACCGACCACCACUUCUUUUCGAGAAAACGAAAAGCAAAAACCGAGACCGAUACAUCGGGGACACUCGGAUCUUUCCAGUCGAGUGAAAAAACGAGUCACUUUAAGUUCAAUUCCUUCGCAUUUUGCACCUCCCAUUGAUCCUAGAGCAGUCAAGUCGAGUACAAAGUAUCAAAUAACGCCUCACCGACAAGGUGAAGUGGUGAUCACGGUGCCUACACACUCAGAAGCAGACUCCAAACAUGAGGAUUCUCGCGUCUUCGGGAUUUCCGGUUUGCCUCAAAGCACAACUGAAUCUGCUGGUACGAUGGAAAAUUCGCCACCGUCGGAUAUUGAUGUUGAGUAUGAGGAAGAGGAAGAAGAAGAAGAGGAAACCUCUUGUGAAAACAUGGCCUUGCUAGGAACAACAAGGACUCAAAUUAUAGUGACUCCUAGUAUGAGUCCGGGUCAAAGUGCAAGCGACCUAACUUUGAUUGAACAAUCUAGGGAUUUGGACUUUCACGACCCCCACUCACGUUCCUAGCCGUAAAAUACAUUGGGAGAACUCUUGACAAAUCCACUUGUGUCGUACGUCAAUGACUAUGUCCGCGAAUGAAUGCAUGAUGCAUUGAUUCUAUAUGCACACACGGGAUUUCAAAUCAACUCUUUCCACCGAAAAUAUAUAUAUAUAUAUAUAUGGCCUUUUCUCCUCUCUAACAGAGCUCUUCACUUCAACGAUAUAUGACAGGAGAGAACUAAUUGAGUGAAGAAGAAAAAAAAACGUGAAAGGAUCAUCAAGAAAAUGUGCAAACAUUUUCCCAUCGGAAUAUUAAUAUUUCAAUUCUCAUAACUGUCUUCGCGGUGAGAAGGAGAAAAAACACCCGUUAGUUACAAAUUAUUCAAAUAAAAUAUGACAAAAUUGUCAUAUUGUGUUUGUUUGUGUCAUAUAUGUGUUUUUUGAGAAAAAAUUUCCUUAAUUAAACCAUAAAUUUAAAAAUUCAAUUUAAGAAUAUAAAAACUAAAAUCGAUUUUAAUUGAAUAAUUUGUAACAUGUUUUUCCCCACGUUGCUAAUUAUGAUGAAAUAAAUGUGCAAAUGAACAAUUUGUAAAGACUUGAGGAUUUGCCUCGAAUAUUUUAUUUUAAAAGGUAAACUUGUAAAUAGAAAACGCUUAAAAAAAUUAUAUGCUUUCAAUGAAAGUAAAACAAAAAAAAGUGUCGCAAAUCUGAGGCAAUCAGCGAUUUAAUUUUUGAGUUUUAUGGGAUUUUUCACUUUUAGGAUUUUCGAGAUUAUACAUUUAUUUAAAUACUUAAAUAUAGAUUUGAUUGCUAAUCCGUACGAAUUAAUAUACGAAAACACCAAUUAAAUUAAAUACUUCUCGCUUAUCGCGAUUUAUAUAAUAAACGUAAAAAAAAGAAAAAAAAAAUUGCAACCAAAUUGCGUUAGUAUUUUAUUCUCUGCUGUAAGACCAAUGCCAGAUUUGACAAGAUUUCAACGGUUUUUCAUACUAUAAACUGCAACGCUUUUUUUCUCAUUAAUCCAAUGAUGAAUUCAUGUAAAUUAUUUUUAUUUAUUUUUUAUUAGAUUAUUUUAUAUUAUCUUCUAAGAGCGUUUAUACUAUUAAAUAAAUAAAACUAAAAUGCAAAAACUAAUAAUAUAAAGAAAAAAUAAAGUAAUUAAUACAUUAAAGGAACAUUAUAAAUUUAAAUAAUAUACAAGCAUUUAUAUAUGAAUAAAAAUUUAAGAUAUAAAAGUCCAAUUGAAAAAUUAUAUACAUAAUUACUUUAAAUUCUAUAUAAACCCAAAAAAAAAUUAAAACGUACAAAUAAACAAAAAUUAUUAACUUAUAAGAAUUAAAUAAUUCAAUUACAACUAAAUUAAAAAAGUUAAUAAUCAAAAAUUCAUCUAUUUAUUAAUAUAAAUUGAGUUUAUUAUUUUUGGUAAAAAAACAAUAUUUAAUGGAUUAUUGAGAAAAGAAGCGUCAACUGGUGAAACAAAAAUUACACAAUAAAAAUUAACUUAGGGCACAAAAAAGACGCUUAUAUUAUAUUUACAUAAUGUUGCGAUAAACAUACAUAGCCUAUACUACUGAUCUUAUAAUAUGUUAUUCGUAUAAUAUUAUACGAUAUUGUAGAGAGUAUUAUAACGCAAGUCCUAUCCGAAUUUAGAAAGAAAAAAUUUAUUGAAUUUCAUUUUCAUAGCCCAAAGAAUGUUUCUUAUAAUAAUGAAAAAUUUUUGAUCCCCAAAAAAACGAAACAAAUGAAUAUUCCUUCAAUGAGAUGAAAAAGGCCUUUGCUUUACAGAUUUGUGGGAUCAUAACUUUUAGAUGAAAAAUAAAAUAAAGCGAGCUAUUUAAUCGUAUUUUCAAUGUACAGAUAUAAUAAGUAAUCUAUGUACAUUUUUCGUCCAACGCGAAAUAAAAUCAUUCAAUAAAUAUUUAAAAGUCAUUUUUUUGGGCAAAAUAAAAUUUUACUUAUAUAUUUACGGAUAAUAUUAUUAAAUAAACAAAAAACUAUUAUAUUAUUUGUUAAUUUGCUAAUAAUUUAGUAUACAAAUUUUUUACAUUCACUUAAAAAAGUUUUCUAAUAAUUAUUAAACAUUAAAAACUUUUUAUAGGAAUAUUUAAAUUCGGAAAAAAUUGUACUUAAUUUAUUGAAUGAUUUUUAAAUUAAAAAUCCUUUUGUGGAUCGUUCAUUGUAUAACAUUCCAUUGCUACGUAUUAUUAUAUUAUACGUUUGUAAAAAAAAUACGCAUACAAUAUACUUGCUACAUAUUUUCUUCUCAGGCAGUAGAAUUUCGAAAUAUAUUUAUAAUGAAAGAAAGUGAUUAUCUUUUUGAGAUUUCCACUUGGGUGAAAGGGAAUAAUUAUACUUUAAUGUUCUAACUUGAAACAAUCCUUCUCUGCUAUUUAAUUUAUUUAAUAUUUUUGUUUUUUAAAAUACUUUAUUUUUUUUAAAUUAACAAUAAAUGUAUUUUUAUUCAUUUAUUAUUUAUCGUAUUUGUAAAUAAUUCAUUUUCUGCACUCUUUGGUGACAGAAAAAUUCUUUUAAAAAAUUAUUGCUUAACGAUUAACGUUUUUAUUGAAACAACAAUUAUUGUUUUAUAUUCCCGAAAAAAUCGUAUAUUCGUCCACGAAAAAAUCCAACAGCAUAUAUAGAGUUCUUAAUGCUUGAAAAAAAAUCGUGACUGCGAAUAAUUGGAAAAAAUCGUCCGCACAAUUCAAAGCUUAAAAGACCAGACAAAACUGGAAUGAAAGCCAGCACAAUAAAGCGUGAUUAAUAACGAAAAAUAUUUCCAUUUCUCUUUUGUAAAAACAAAAAAAAAAUACACAAAAUUCCUAACUUAUUUUAUAAAUCGAAAAAACAUGCGUUCGAUAAAAAAGCAAUUGUUCCUUAUUAAAUUUCUACGAUUAUUUGUUUAUCUUCUAAAAUUGAACGCGAAAUUGACUCUUAUAAAAGUAAUUUUUUUGAAUUAAUUUCUUAUUUAAAUGAUCAGAAGCAAUAAAAAAAAAUUGUUUAUUUAAAAUAAUAGAAACAAAUUUUCUAUAUACGUCAUUUACAUAGCUUCAGAGGGACCAGGGAAAAGCGUUGUAUAGUUUUCAUUAUUCCUCGCAAAUCUCAAAUAAUGGAUCUGAUCUUUAGAAUUUUUCAUCAAAACGACAAACACACUUUGUAUAUUGUGCAUCGAAAUCUACGAAUGUCAAACCAUUUUUCACAAGUCGGCUUUUAACGUUUUUUAAUUAUUAUCUAUUUAUUAUCAUUCAAUCAUUAUCAUUAUAAUUAUAUAACGAGCGCAUUAAAAUACAUUUAGCAACGAAAAUUUUAAUAAUGUUUAAUAACUUCUUUAUUCAGCUGAUGAUCGAGAGAGAAAGAGAGAAAGAGAUGUAAGAUAAAACAAAAAAUAAACCAAAAAAAAGAAAGAAAAGAGGAAUAACACACUGCGGUGCAGAGUAAUUUAAAUACCUAUUGUAUUAAUUAGAAAAAAAUGCAGAUUUCAAAAGUUUCGUCAAUUCCUCUAUUGCGGAGGUAUUUAUAAGGGUCAAAUUGGAGAAAUUAAUUAGAAGAUUAUAAUGUAUGUAAUUUAAAACUGGAACACCAAAUUGACAAAAAAAAGAAGAAAGAGCGAAAUAGAAAAAACUUAAGCGAUCAAAAAGAAGAACCUUGUAAACAAUUGAAACGAAGGAUUUGAAAAUCUGAAUAAAUAUAUACAUUUAUUUUAUAAAA